AUGGUUCUACCUGAGGGAGUAAAUGAAUACUCUACUCCGGCACUAAUGGAAUAUCUUUUGGCCACAGAGAAAGGUUUUAGAAAAUAUAGGGUUUUAUGGUCAACGUUGGCAGAGACAUUGAAGAAUGAAGAGGAGAUUACCUCCCCGGAGUUGUCGAGUCCUUAUUGUGAUCUUGAAGAUCUGAAUGACAUUGGGGCGAAGGUGCACAAUGCACAUUAUUGCAAUGAUUUGAUAAAAAAUGAGUUGAAGAGUGACAAAGACCUUCCUCUUGCACAUGGAGAGACUGCAAAGUUUUGUAGACCUUUGGACUCACCUCUUAGGCGGGAUGAGGAUGGAUUUUGUGCUCAGAUGCCUUUCGGUACCAAGCCGAGAUGGAUUGCAGACAAUAUUCAAGGAAACGAAGACUUUGUGAGUCUUCAAAGGGGAACUCUUUGGGAUGAUUGCAAAAAUCCCUAUGUUGAUCGGGAUGCUAGUGAUGAGGGACUUCAACAUUGUCAUACUGGGCAUUCUAUUCUAGGAGUUUCAUGGGCACUAGCUGUGAAGGAGAACUCUCUAGAAAUUCAUAGAUUGGUGCAAAAAUUUCAAGGAUUCCACCUCUAUGAUGAAACUUCUGAUAAAUCUCAUUUCCGAGAAGUGAAUGGAUCCUCAUGGAUUAGAACUCCUGAUUUCUCUAAUAUUCCUAAAGCUUCGGGUGAAUUAGUUGACGAUGACUAUAAAAUCUUCCUUGAUAAUAUAAGAGAACAUGACCACUUAUAUUUUUUGGAACUAAAGACUCAAGAGGUUUCUAGGUCAAUAAUUGUGGUAUAUGAGAACCAAAACUUUUUGCCAAUGGAUGUCAAAAUUGGAGAACAACCUAUCAUUUCAAGAAGCACUAUUGAUAACAAGCACACUGAAAGGACCAUCUCAGAUAAGAGACAUUUCAUUCCUAGUACUAGGUGGAAAAGAAGACGAGUUGAUCAGAAAACCAGUGAAAUAGAUGAUAAAUCUUGUCUUUCUGGAUUCAACUUGAGAAAGAGACCUGGUUUGGUUGAUAAUGACUCCAAGGCUCCCUUGGGCAAGAUUAAAGAUAGAAGAGUAAAGCAGCUAGUUGGUAAAAAGAAUAUGGUGUUUGAUGAUGACUACCAAUCAUAUUUGGACAAGAAUUGGGAGACUAGUACCUUAGAAACUAUUUCAUGGCCUUUGGAGAAAAGUAAGACGGAUGACUCUAUAGUUGAUAAUGAGUAUAAGUUAUUCCUCGAUAAUGUAUUUGUAAGUGGUAGUUCUUGUUAUCUGAAAUUAAAGAAUGGUAGGGGUCGUAAGCCAACUGUGGUUAUGUAUGGAGAAGUUAUUGAGUCUCGACAGAAUACUGUUAAAGAGAAUCUCAUAAAAUUAAACGUAAAAAUGGAGAAAAGGGAUCCUAUAGUUGAGACAAAGCAACCAUGUAAGCGAACUAUGCUCUGGCAUGAUAAAAAAUACAUGUCUCCAAUGAGGAAAGCGAACGAUAUUUAUGCACAAUUACAGGAAACAAAGAAGAAAAGGAUUCCUAAAGUUAAGAACAAGACAGCCUUGGUUCCUUUAGAUCUUCCCCAAAGAAGGCCCUUAAAAUUGUUUCAUGAAAAUAAUAUGACAGCACCUUCAGGACCUUCUGUUGGCACUUCUUUUCCCCUUUUGGUCUCAAAGGCCGAUGAGGACAUUACGAAGGACCCAUAUGAUUCUCCUUCCUUCAAGGGGAAACUGAUGGUUGUACUCUCUGGGCAUUUUAACAUGGCCGAGCUUAAACAGUUAUUGUAUGAAGUAUCUAUUCGUAGACCAAUCGAGAGACAAAGAAAUGUACGCAAUGGAUCCAAAACCUAUAAAACAGAGCAAAUGGGUCUGUCUUAUCUAGACCACUACAAUGAUUUGAAGAAAAAGCUCAAGGCGUCAGUCAAUAAUUAUGAGAAGUUGCUCUUAUUGAGGGGGUUCUUCUUCUGGUUAAAGAAUCUCUGCCAUCGAGAUGCCUUUACACCCUGGAGGUAUCCUUCACUCUACAAGAAAGCCUGUUUUGGGCGCUGAGUAACUGUGGAAAACUUUUGUCAUAUAUUUGUGUCCUAAGGUUGUGGAUCAAAGUGAUAGAAACCAGCUUAGAUUGUGGAUCAGAAUGAUAAACACCAGCUUUCGAUGGCCUUGGAGCUGCAGCAACUGCUUGAGAGUCUUGUAUGUUUAUCUACUGGUGUGUGGCGAUAAAUAUUCAUGUAAUUUAAUGUUUAUAUUUUGGAUGGUAUAAAGUGAAUAUGUAUAUUUUGGAUGUUAUAUGUCUGGUUUUGUAUUAUAUUUAGUAUAUAUAUUUUGGAUGAUUUGGUGGAAAUUUGAGACCCCAUGUCCUAUAAAUCUAUACUGCUGUUGUAUA